GACUGCACUGGCGGCGGCGGCAGCGGCAGGAGCCGUAGCAGCAGCAGUAGGCAGCAGCAGCAGCAGCAGCGGCAGCAGCAGCAGCAGCAACAGUGGCAGCAGGCAGAGCUGAAGAGCUGAGCUGAGCCCAAUCUUAGCCAAGCAUCUUUUGCUGCAGUCGCCAGAGGAGUGCUUUGCUCGCAUCUUCUUCCUGGAGCGGAGGCAGCCCUGGGAGCUUGUUGGGCAUGGGAGUACCUGACUGAGGACCGGCUCAUUCCCCGCCUGCUUGUCUGCUGGAGAAAGUGCUGGGCUGCUGGGUGUGCGUGUGUGUGCGCAUAUGGUUAUUUCUCUUCAGACACGCAGACCACCUACUGCCUUCCCCCACCCUGGGCGUGUGGCAUUUAGAAAACAUUUUUUCCCUAGAAGCCACUGUCUCUCCCUCUCUGUGGCGGUGUUCCCCCUCACCCCCCUGCUUGCCGUUUUUUUUAAACGUCCCUCCCCCGCACGUGCACCCCAACCCCCAGCCUUUGCUGCACCAUCAGCCCUCAGGAUGCUGCCGUGCUCUGGAGCCCAGGCAGCCCCCCGCCUUUGCUAGGCAGCAUGGAUGGUGCUCUUGCGACGACCUCUACUGAUUCUCUCCGUCCACUGCGGCUGGGCAUGCUGAAGAGCCCUGCUGUCAAUGGGCGAGGACGCGGACACGCGGAAAAUUAACCACAGCUUUCUCCGAGACCACAGCUAUGUGACCGAAGCUGAUAUUAUUUCUACAGUCGAGUUCAACCACACGGGAGAACUGCUGGCUACUGGGGACAAGGGGGGCCGGGUUGUCAUAUUCCAAAGGGAACCAGAGAGUAAGAAUGAGCCUCACAGCCAGGGAGAGUACAAUGUUUACAGCACUUUCCAGAGCCAUGAGCCGGAGUUUGACUAUCUGAAGAGCUUGGAGAUAGAAGAGAAAAUAAACAAGAUUAAAUGGCUCCCCCAGCAGAAUGCAGCCCAUUCUCUCUUGUCCACAAAUGAUAAAACUAUCAAAUUAUGGAAGGUUACAGAACGUGAUAAGAGGCCUGAGGGAUAUAACUUAAAAGAUGAAGAAGGAAAACUUAAAGAUCUGUCUACAGUGACUUCACUACAGGUGCCUGUGCUGAAGCCCAUGGAUCUGAUGGUGGAGGUCAGCCCCCGGAGAAUCUUUGCCAAUGGUCAUACCUAUCACAUCAACUCCAUUUCUGUCAAUAGCGACUGCGAGACUUACAUGUCUGCGGAUGACCUCCGAAUUAACCUCUGGCACUUAGCAAUCACGGAUAGGAGCUUCAACAUUGUCGACAUCAAGCCAGCCAACAUGGAGGACCUAACUGAAGUGAUCACGGCCUCAGAGUUCCAUCCCCACCACUGUAACCUCUUCGUCUACAGCAGCAGUAAAGGGUCCCUGAGAUUGUGCGACAUGAGAGCAUCAGCCCUCUGUGACAAGCACUCCAAGCUUUUUGAAGAACCCGAAGACCCCAGUAACAGAUCCUUCUUUUCUGAAAUCAUCUCCUCGGUGUCAGAUGUCAAAUUCAGCCACAGUGGCCGGUUCAUGCUCACCAGGGAUUACCUCACGGUCAAAGUUUGGGACCUGAAUAUGGAAACAAAGCCUAUAGAAACAUACCAGGUUCACGAUUACCUUAGGAGCAAGCUGUGUUCCCUGUAUGAAAAUGACUGCAUUUUUGACAAGUUUGAAUGUGCCUGGAAUGGAUCCGACAGUGUCAUCAUGACUGGUGCCUACAAUAACUUCUUCAGAAUGUUUGACCGGAACACCAAGCGUGAUGUCACCCUGGAAGCCUCCAGGGAGAGCAGCAAGCCUAGGGCCAUCCUCAAGCCACGCCGGGUCUGUGUCGGGGGCAAACGCAGAAAAGACGACAUCAGCGUGGACAGCUUGGACUUUACCAAGAAGAUACUUCACACAGCCUGGCACCCCGCCGAGAACAUCAUUGCCAUCGCAGCGACAAACAAUCUUUACAUAUUCCAGGAUAAAGUGAACUCAGAGAUGCACUAGGUUUAUCAAUAUUCCUCUGUAUUUAUCAACCAGCCUUUUGCAGAUUGUACAAGAUGACCGUCAGAAAAAAGAAACCGAGCAAAAGAAAUGUGGUCGGUUGUGGUGGUGGAAUUUGUCGUUCUCUGUCCCAGAUGCCCACCCCCCCGCCUCGCCCUCCCCAGCCCCCAGACCCCUCUCCCCCAGAUGAUGAUGAUGGCCAUUUCAGAAAGCAGAUUUCACUUGUAACUAAGGGGCAAAAGGCACUCCAGCAAGGUGACAGGCCUGUUGGGUUUUUUUGUGUUUUUUUGUUUUUUUAAACAGUUAGGGUCCAUUAUACACUCUCUUCCUAGGUCCUUAGUAUUUACCACAUUAUUAGAGCUUUUUUACAUCCGCAAGCUAAGUUUCACGCCAAACUUUUUCUCAACACUUUGAUUUCUUUACAGAAUUAGCAGGAGCGAUGGAAUGGCAUUGCUCCACCGCUGUGGCUCUGAAGAUAGCUGGGGAACUUGAGACCUGCGCGUAGGGGUGGCCUGGAGACAACUGAGGUUCCAACCCUGACCAGGCUUAGUUAUUUGCUGGGUGACCUUUGAGCUUCACUCUAUAAAACGUAGGGAAGUGUAGACUGAACGAUCUCUAAGGUCCUCUGCAGUUCUCCUUGUUGGAGGACUAACAUUCCUUCUCUUUUUCUCUCACCUGCCUCCCUCCAUUCACAGAACAACUCCACAAAUGGAUUUGCCAAGUUCUAUCUUACUUUUUUCCUCCUUAAAUUAUCCGGGUUUAUUUCAGUUUCUGAAGGGGAAAAAAAGGGGGGUGAAUUUGAGACCCAUCUUUGAGGUGACUUUUUCAUCUAUAUAAGGAUUUUUUUUCCUUAUGCUUUCUGGGAGAGACAGAAGCAAAUUUAGUUUGACUUAAUGUCAAACAAGUCUUAGAAGGUAAGGAGGUGGCUGGUUAAAAGCAUCAUUUUCCAUGGCCGGUACAAGGAAUAGUGGAGAGAACCCUGGAUUUGGAGUGAGAUGGCCCGAGUUAAGAUACUACCUCGGCUGUGUGUCAUCUUGGGCAAAUAAUUCCAUUUCCCUGAGCCUUAGUUUCUUCAGCGUGCAAAAUGACGUAGUUGGACACGAUCUCGAGAGGCUCUUCAGUCUCUAAAUGUGCUCAGAGGAUUUUAGGACUAGAAGGGUUCUUAAGGAUCAUCCAGUUUCCAUUUUCCAGAUGAAGAAAGUGAGGCCCAAAGGAAGGGAAAUAACUCUCUCAGUGAUGCCCCAGACAGGUGGUAAAUGACAGUGCUAGAAUCUCACCCAGGUCUUCUGGCUCUGAAGCCAGUACCCAUUCUCACCUCACCAUGCUGCCUAUGUAUGACCCUAAGUUUGCUCUGCCAUGAAAGGGUUAGGAGCAUCAUCCUCUGUGUGCAUGUGCAACUCAUUACCCAAUGACUCAUGUCUUUGGAUGAUUGAAUUAAAAAAUUUAGAAAUUAAAUUUAAAUUAAAAUUUAAAAUUAAAAAAAUUUAAAAUCUUUUUUUUUUUUGGCAGGGGGUGGGAGAAAAAUAAAGACAAGUAGGCCAAGAAAACAAAUGGGAGAUUUCUUCUCCUUUAAGGGUAUUUUACUGCACAUAUGGAGUUGAGAGCUCUAAAUCUCCCAAAGUCAGCAAACACAUUCACAAACUGUGGUUGAGACAGAUCACUGAUUUCAUGAGUCCAUCUGUGUCUUAAAGCAAGACUCAUCAGUUCCUUGAGAAAGUCCCUAUUCGCCAUUCCCCCUUAGUAAACAGAAAGGAAAAUGAUCCUGCAGGAUUUUGUAUUUUGAUUUAGAAAGGAGAGAAACAUAACCAUGGCUUACACAGAUUACCAACAGGAUCCAACUUUUUUUAUAAUGAUGUCUUGACAUGACCCAGGAAAUAUUGUCCAACUGAAGUUUUCUCGACCAAUAACUAUUUUUGUGUAUGUAUAAGCACAAACGCAUGUGCACCCACUUCCAGCCAUACUAUACAGACACUAGGAAAUGUGUACGUUACCUUUUUUUAAGAAUCAAAGGGAAUGAGGAAUGUUUGUUUAUAAAUCACUGUAUACUCUAAAUGACUUGGACAGUAUUAUAUGUACAUAUUUAUUCUAAUUAAAUUUAACAAUCAGAGGGUUGGUUUGGAAUUGGUUUUCGUUUUGGUUUUGUUUUCCUUGUAAAAAGGUUCAAGAAUGUGGUAAAUUGUAUAGAAAUCUUGUUAGAUCCAAACUAAAGCUUUGAGGGCCUCACACAAUUAUUUGGACAUUUUUCCAUUUCCCCAUUUCCCCUUUUGUCUCAAAUGGCUAACAACUCUUACUUGCAUUUACUAAAAAUACUGUCAACCAUAUACUUAACUUUCAACAUCUUCUAAGUUAUGAGUCUAUAGAUAAGGUAUUAUAAAGCAGGUCUUAACACAACAGUUAUCAUUUGGAUUUCUUGUACCUUAAUUCCGUUUUUAAAGUUUAGGUACAAAAAUAAAUAAAUAAAUAAAUGAUUUGAAAAGUUCUUUUUUAAAAGAAAUUGUGUCUCUGGAAUUCUGGGAUAGUCCUGAAUUCCAGACCGAAGUGUGCUCUCAUCAUGAAUCAAGUGCAGAAAGUGUUAAUGGGAGGGAAAAGAACUAGAGAGAGAGAAAGAGAGAAAAAAGGACCAGUACGCUAUUCAUAAACUUUGCAUUCUUACUGUGAUUCAAUUUUCUGGUCUUCUUGAAUAUAUGAGAGGUAACAUUGUCAUUGUGAAGGUUUUUGGUUUAUUUUCUGGUUGGUUUAUUUUUUUUUCCAUUUCGUUUUUUAACAACAACUUUCUUUGGGGAAUAAGCUUUCGGUGGUGUAGAGUAAGUGAUGGUAAAGUUGGUAAAGCUGAUUGUUUUGAAAGCUGUAGUUCAUGGCUGCAUUCUUUCUUUGUGUUUCACAAACUAGCUAACUGUUGUUGGAUAAAAAUAUAAAUAUGUUAAUACCAGCUUUUUCCAAUAAAAGGACAACAAAAAUGACAGAUA